CUCUUCAUCUGUCAAAAGAGUUUUGAUUUUUUUUUGAGGUUAAGAAUUAUUAAACAAUGUCUAGAAAUAAAGCUAGAAACAAGCCACGAAAGAACAAAACUUAUGUAGGAGAACAAGCCAAAGAAGCUUUAUGUUCUUUAGAUGAAGACAGCCCAGUAAUCCAAGCUUUUAGAUCGUUUUCUUUUGAACUGGAUGAUAAACAUGACCGUUAUGAAAGAAUUGUGAAACUAAAUAGAGAUAUAACAAUUGAGUCAAAGAGAAUAAUUUUUUUAUUGCACAGUACACAGGUAGAUUUUGAAGCAAAGAAGAUUGCUAUUUUAGAGGAGGCAGAUUCAAGACUUAAAAGCUUAUGCCAAAACAAUUUUAAAGCUAUUGCUUUAGAAUUAAGGAGCCACGAUCCUUACUUAUAUCACCGAGCUUUUACCAGUGGCUUGCAAGAGUUUAUAGAAGCUUUAUGUUUUUAUCAGUUCACAAAAAAUGAAUGUUUUGAUAAUUGGAAGAUAAUUAAUGGAAAUUUCCAGUAUACCGAUGAUACAGAAGCAAGUUACAGUUUGUUGUUUAGUCAGUGUGAUUUUGUUUUGGGAAUAGCAGAUUUUACAGGGGAACUAAUGAGAAAAUGCAUUAAUAACUUAGGAAUAGGAAAUAUCAGUGAGUGUUUCAAGAUUUGCAAUUUUGUAAAAUCGAUAAAUACAGGAUUUCUAGGAUUGAUCCAUGCAGGAAACAAGGAAAUUUCAAGGAAAGUCUAUACUUUGAGACAAAGUUUGAAUAAAAUGGAAUUGGUGUGCUAUAAUAUUCAAAUUAGAGGCAGUGAAAUACCAAAACAUAUGUUAUUGAAUGUUUUAGAUUCCCAUGAUAUUGAAAAUAAUGAGGAUGAAGGAUUUUGUAUGUAAUAUUGUAUUUCUACUUUUGAUUUUUUUUUAAUAAAACCUAUUAUUAAACAG